AUGGCUUUUGACGAUCCAUUUAACAGUAACAAUGUGCCAACGGAAGAUGGAACAUCGAAUAAUUUCUAUAAUUUCAACGAUGAAGAUCCGGCUGCGGAAUUUCUCGAACGAGAAAAACGUGAAUUAGCCGACAUAACAGGUGAUAAUGAUUUGAAUUCCUUCGAUGAUUCCUUCGAUGCCAAAGCAAACCAUAACGAUCUGAUAACGAAUGGUACACAUUCGCCAGAUUUCAAUGGUAAUGGUUCUCAAUCGCCCAUUCCAACAAAUCAAAAUGGUAAUCAAUAUCAAGCGUUAUCGCAAUUGAAUGAACCUGAAACGAUCCAAAAAUGGCGAGAAGAAUUCUCCAUGCGCAUAAAUAAAAAAGAUACGGAAGAGGAAACAAAGCGUCAUGAAAUGCGCGAAGAAGCAAAAAAAGAAUUAGAUGAUUUUUAUAAACAACGUGUCGAACAAAUGGAACGUGUCAAAGGACAGAAUCGUUUGAACAAUCGUACUCUAGAAGAUGAAAUCUUCAAAAAUGGAGAUAAUUCUAUCUCCAAUGGCAAACUAAAUGAUUGGGAUAAAAUCACAAGUUUAUGCGAAUUCAAUCCCAAAAAUAAUCGCUCACAAAAAGAUCUAACUAGAUACCGAAGUGUUUUACUUCAAUUAAAACAGCAGCAAACAACAGCAAAAUAA